AGCAAAAACCCAUAACCAAUACCAAAACAAACCCACAACGCCUCUGUUAUUCCUCUGCCUUAAAACCCCAUCCUCUUCAACCCAAUACUAAACCACUUCAAACCCAAUUCCUUCUCCCUCUCUCACUCUCUCCCAGUUCCAAUCUCCGAGUAACCAAAAACACAGCCAAAUGGAAGCUGCAAGGGAAACAGCAGAAUUUGCAGAUGAGCCCCAACAACACACCCAUGACGACAACUUGGUCUAUGAUUCUUCUGUGGACCAUAAAGGAAAGCUUCCUCUUCGAGCUUCCACCGGCGUUUGGAAAUCUUCCCUCUUCAUCAUCGCUAUUGAGUUCAGUGAGAGGCUGAGUUACUUCGGAAUAGCGACGAGUUUGAUAAUAUAUCUCACAAAGGCCAUGCAUGAGGACCUCAAAACAGCGGCUAGAAAUGUUAAUUAUUGGACUGGUGUCACCACUUUGAUGCCUCUCUUGGGUGGCUUCUUGGCCGAUGCUUAUUUGGGUCGUUACUCCACUGUCAUCCUUUCAACCGUCAUCUACCUUUUGGGGCUGUCGCUGAUGACAUUGUCCACUUUGGUACCGAAAUUGAAGGCCUGUGGCAGUGAAAUAUGCAACAAGCCAAGAAAAGUUCAUGAAGUUUUGUUCUUCACAGCGAUCUACUUCAUAUCUGUUGGAACCGGAGGCCACAAACCAUCGCUGGAGAGUUUCGGAGCAGACCAGUUCGACGAUAACCACCCAGAAGAAAGAAAGCAAAAGAUGUCGUUUUUUAAUUGGUGGAACUCUGGGCUUUGCGCCGGGAUCAUCUUAGGAGUCACUGUAAUCGUCUACGUUGAAGACCAUUUGGGAUGGGGAAUUGCUGGUGUCAUUCUCACUUCGAUUAUGGCCUUAUCCCUCGCAGUCUUCCUUUUUGGAAGCUCUGUUUAUCGCUACAGAGUACCCUUAGGCAGCCCUUUAACCCCUCUCCUCCAGGUCGCUGUCGCUGCUUUUAGGAAGAGAAAUUUGCCUUAUCCUCCACACUCCUCUGACCUCUAUGAAGUUCAGACUGCUGACAGGUUUCAGGCCAGGCUGUUGUCCCACACAAAGAAGCUUAAGUUUUUGGACAAAGCUGCGAUCAUUGAGGAGGGAGGCAAUUCAGAUGAGAAUCGGGGACCUUGGAGGCUUACAACUGUUACAAGAGUAGAGGAAUUGAAGCUGAUUCUGAAUAUGAUCCCAAUUUGGAUAGUUUCUUUGCCAUUUGGAAUCGUGGUGGCACAAUCAUCCACAUUCUUCGUUAAACAAUGUUUGAUAAUGGACAGAAAAAUCGGGAGCAGUUUCAUAAUGCCCGCAUCGUCCAUGUUCUGUUUGGCUGCUCUGGGCAUGAUCGUCUUUGUUGUCAUCUACGACAGGCUACUUGUUCCAUUCCUUCGGAAAACCACAGGCAACGAGAGAGGCAUUACCAUACUCCAAAGGAUAGGAAUUGGGAUGGUUUUCUCUUUCAUGACUAUGAUUGUCGCAGCUGUUGUGGAGCGAAAGAGACUGGGGCUACUAAAAAACGACCCAACAGGAGGGAGUGCGGGUGCGAUGAGCGUGUUCUGGUUGGCCCCCCAGUUUAUUAUCAUCGGAAUUGGAGACGCGUUUGGUCUGGUGGGGCUGCAAGAGUACUUUUACGAUCAAGUUCCUGAUUCCAUGAGAAGCCUUGGGAUAGCAUUUUAUUUGAGUGUCAGCGGGGCCUCAAAUUUUGUUAGCAGCUGGCUCAUUACGAUUGUGGAUAACAUCACCAGGAAGAGCGGCGGCCACAGUUGGUUUGGGGUGGAUUUGAACACUAGCCGAUUGGACAAGUUCUAUUUUCUCCUUGCUCUAAUUGUGGCUGUUGACUUGUGUGUUUAUGUCUUCUUGGCUCGCCGUUACACCUAUAAAUCCGUGCAGAAAACGACCGUGGGCGCUUGCUCCGACGCCGACGCCGACGCCGACGCCCCAGACCCAAGCUCAGCGGUUUGA